CUUUGUUUGACAUUCUGCUUCAGUAACUCACAUACAUUAUCUGUCAGGUCGACGACGAAGUCGGUUUCAUACGCUUCUACCGCACACUCCCCAAACCAGACAAUGACGAAACAAUCCGUGUGUUUGACCGUGGGGACUGGUACUCAUCCCACGGCGAAGAUGCCGAAUUCAUUGCCCGCACCGUCUACAAGACGACAGCCGUCUUGCGGAAUCUCGGCCGCAGCGAAACCGGCGGCCUGCCAUCCGUCACCAUGAGCGUUACAGUAUUCCGGAACUUCCUCCGGGAGGCGCUCUUCCGACUGAACAAGCGUAUUGAGAUCUGGGGCUCCGUGGGAACGGGCAAGGGCCACUGGAAACUGAUCAAGCAGGCCAGUCCGGGCAACCUCCAGGAUGUAGAGGAUGAGCUAGGCAGUGUGGGUGGACUGGCGUCGAUGGAUUCGGCUCCUAUCAUUCUCGCUGUGAAGAUAUCCGCCAGGGCGGCUGAGGGAAGGAAUGUCGGUGUGUGCUUUGCGGAUGCUAGUGUGCGGGAGCUGGGUGUGAGCGAGUUCCUGGACAACGAUGUCUAUUCGAAUUUCGAAUCUCUCGUGAUUCAGCUUGGGGUGAAGGAGUGUUUAGUGCAGGCUGACAUUGGGCGGAAGGAUGUGGAACUGGGCAAGAUCCGGGCUAUCGCUGAUAGUUGCGGUAUUGCCGUGUCGGAGAGACCCGUCGCUGAUUUUGGGGUCAAGGAUAUCGAGCAGGAUUUGACCCGGUUGCUGCGGGAUGAGAGGGUGGCGGGAACGCUGCCGCAGACAGAACUCAAGUUGGCCAUGAGCUCUGCGUCAGCUCUGAUCAAGUACCUUGGUGUCAUGUCGGAUUCGACCAACUUCGGACAGUACCAGUUGUAUCAGCAUGAUCUGUCGCAGUACAUGAAGCUGGAUGCUUCUGCACUGCGGGCCCUCAAUUUGAUGCCGGGUCCACGGGAUGGGUCAAGGACUAUGAGCGUGUUUGGGUUGUUGAAUCACUGCAAGACGCCUGUCGGGAGCAGAUUGCUAGCGCAGUGGCUGAAGCAGCCUCUCAUGGAUGUCAAAGAGAUUGAGAAGAGACAGCAGCUCGUCGAGGCCUUUGUUACUGACACUGAGCUGAGACAGACGAUGCAGGAGGAGCAUCUACGUUCGAUCCCUGACCUAUAUAGAUUGGCCAAGCGGUUCCAACGGAGGCAGGCGAACCUAGAGGAUGUGGUACGAGUUUAUCAGGUUGCUAUUCGCUUGCCUGGGUUUGUGAGCACGUUAGAGAAUGUAAUGGAUGAACAGUACCAGACGCCUCUGGAGGCGGAGUAUACGACAAAACUACGGCAUCACUCGGACAGUUUGGCGAAGCUGGAGGAGAUGGUUGAGACUACGGUCGAUCUCGAUGCACUGGAGAACCAUGAAUUCAUUAUCAAGCCGGAAUUCGAUGACAGCCUGCGAAUCAUCAAGAAGAAGCUUGACAAACUCAGACACGAUAUGGAUGUCGAGCUUAGGAAGGUCGCCAAGGACCUCAAUCAGGACAUCGACAAGAAGCUCUUUCUCGAGAACCAUCGCGUACAUGGCUGGUGCUUCCGGUUGACGAGGACCGAGGCUAGUUGUAUCCGGAACAAUCGUGGCUAUCAAGAGUGCUCGACCCAAAAGAACGGGGUGUACUUCACUACUUCAGCGAUGCAGUCAUUGCGCCGGGAGCAUGACCAGCUGUCAUUUAACUACAACCGUACACAGACCGGACUUGUGAAUGAGGUCGUCAAUGUUACCUCCUCUUACUGCCCCGUUCUUGAGCAACUGGCUAGUGUGCUGGCGCACCUUGAUGUCAUUGUCAGUUUUGCGCACGCCUCAGUGCAUGCCCCGACACCAUAUAUUCGCCCAAAGAUGCAUCCGCGAGGUACCGGCAAUACCAUCCUGAAAGAAGCGCGUCACCCCUGCAUGGAGAUGCAGGAUGACAUCUCCUUUAUCACCAAUGACGUCUCCCUGGUCCGAGACGAGUCGUCUUUCCUCAUUAUCACCGGGCCAAAUAUGGGCGGUAAAUCAACAUACAUCCGACAGAUCGGCGUGAUUGCCCUCAUGGCCCAGACGGGAUGUUUCGUGCCCUGUUCUGAAGCUGAGCUAACCAUCUUUGACUGCAUCCUUGCUCGUGUAGGUGCAAGCGAUUCCCAGCUUAAGGGCGUGUCGACUUUCAUGGCCGAGAUGCUGGAGACUUCCAAUAUUCUCAAAUCUGCGACAUCCGAGUCCCUCAUCAUCAUUGACGAACUGGGCCGUGGAACGAGCACUUAUGACGGCUUUGGCCUUGCCUGGGCCAUUUCGGAGCACAUCGUAACCGAAAUUCGCUGUUUCGGACUUUUCGCUACGCAUUUCCACGAACUAACGGCCCUCGCGGAGCGGUAUCCCAAGUCUGUGAAGAACUUACACGUGGUUGCAUUCAUCGACAACACCGAGGACAUCAAGGAAACCGAACAUAAAAAGCGACAAGUCACACUACUUUACCGCGUCGAGCCUGGAAUCUGUGAUCAAUCCUUCGGUAUCCAUGUCGCCGAGCUGGUCCGUUUCCCAGAGAAGGUCGUGAACAUGGCGCGUCAAAAGGCGGAGGAGUUGGAAGAUUUCUCUACCUCUUCAACUGCAGAGCAAGGGAAGCAGCAGUCCACUGCCGUGUCUUAUUCUUCUUCCCCCCUUGAUAGAUAUUCGCGCGAAGAAAUUGAGGAAGGCAGCGCUCUUCUCAAGAACAUGCUGCUGAAAUGGAAAGCUCAGGUUGAGAGUGGAAACUUGUCUGCCGAGGAGAAACGGCAGAUCAUGCGGGAUCUGGUUAAUUCUGAUGAGACGCUCAAGGCGAACCCGGUGUUUCAGGGCAUUAGGGCUUUAUGAUCGGGGCCAUAUAUGUCGCUGUAAUGGUGUUAUUGGCGUUAUGUGUUAACAGUGUUAGGCAUUACCAUCUAUCCCAUGAUGAUUCCUCCAAGACUGACACGCGAUAUGUGUUACUAAAUAUCCAGAUCUCCAGAGAUCUUCGCGCUGUCGGAGGAUCUGCGCUAAUUAAUUUUAAAAACUGCCGUUUUGGGAAAUGCGCAUCACAGCAUCACGUGCAGAGGUCCAGGCCCGUUUGGGAAAUUGACAACCGCCAAUUCUA